UUCAUGGUGUCUAAGACCUUAGCUAGAAAUCUUUGCAAGCACCAGAUAUUUCUUUUAUUUGCUUCAGGGGAAGAAAUUUUUUUUAUAUGUCUUUUGUAAAUUCCUGGGCCCGGUUCCUGAAAAGAGGAUUAGCGCUAAUCCAGGCAUAAAUCUGCUCUAAUCUGGGCAUAAAUUUAAACCAGGAUUAAAUCGCGUUCCUGAAAGCGGGAAUAGCGCUAAUCUAGGCAUAAAAUCGGCAUAACUUUAUACCACCUAGCGAGGAGGGUAUAGCUCGCUAAUCCGGGAAUAAAAGUCGGGCAACAAACAAAAUGGCGGACAUGUUAUUGUUUGGUAAUCUUGCAGGAAGGCCUGCUCAACCGCGUCGGUUUCGUCAUUUCCGCACAGAAUUAGAUGAUUACUAUAAUGAUAAAAAUGUAAAGUCGAGGUUCCGUUUCAAUAGCGAUUCUAUUCGCUAUAUUGUGGACUUACUUUCACCACAAUUAGCGAGGGGCACAAAGCGAAACCAUGCACUGAGUCCGACCUUGCAAGUUCUUGUUGCUCUUCGGUACUUUGCCUCAGGUAAUUUUCUUGAGGUUAUAGGGGACACAUUUGGACUUCCAAAGUCUACAGUAUCACGGUGUAUUACUGACGUUUCAAAAGCACUUGUUGCCAACAAAGAAGAAUUCAUUGCUUGGCCUAGCGACGAGGAAAAAAGACAAAUCAAAGAGGCGUUUUUCGCAAAAAAAGGGUUUCCUGGAGUGAUAGGCUGCAUCGACGGCACUCAUGUUCGCAUUCAAGGACCUCCCAGGAACGAGAACGACUUCGUAAAUUGGAAAGGAUUCCAUUCAAUCAACGUUCAAGCCAUUUGUGACAACAAAGGGCUAUUCACCAAUGUUGUAGCCAAAUGGCCUGGGAAUGCCCAUGAUUCUUUCAUUUUUCAAGACAGUGGAAUACACGACAAGCUGCAGCUGGAGCACAAGAGCGUCGAAGAUGGUGUUCUUAUUGGUGAUAGUGGGUAUGGAUGCAAGCCCUUUCUAAUGACCCCUUUCCCUCACCCUGAAACCCCAAAACAAGAGGCCUACAAUGAAGCACUGGGAAAGACAAGGGUGAAGAUUGAACAGACAUUUGGCAUAUUUAAGCGGAGAUUCCAUCUCAUGCAUACAGAGAUCAGGGUGGAUCCCUCAAAGGCAACCCUGCUAAUAGGGGCUUGUGCGGUUUUGCACAACAUUGCUAUUAUAAGAAAUGAUGUUUAUAAUCCUCCCCGUGGGGUUGUCUUUGAGGAUGAUCAGCCAGAGGUACCCCCCUAUGAGGGACCAGAGGAUGGGCUAAGGAUCAGGGAGUACAUUUGCCAGAAUUAUUUUUAAUAUUUUUUUAAUGUAUUUAAUACUUUAUUAGAAUGAUGGACUACUUUUACAAGUUUGUAUGUCAAAGAAUGCUUCUUAUAAUAAAAAAAAUACCCAUAUGACUGAAAGAUUGGGUACUAUAAGAUUUUAAAGAUUGUAAAUUUAAGACUAUAAGAUUGUAAAUUUCUAAAGAACAUGAAUUAUAAUGGAGGGAAAUUAACAAAAAGACCAUUUUUCCUUUUCUUUUAAAAAAAAAGAAACAGACAAAAUAUAAUUUAGAUAAAACUUAGGCGACACCUGUAAAUUUACAGUCAAUUUAUGGCGUUAGGCUUAAUACAUUAUUAAUAAAAGAUGAAAUUCUAUCUGCAAAUUCCAUCAAAAGCUUUGAAAAAAGAUUGCAUUUUCAAAUGCAAUACUCACUAAGGAUUCUUGCCGGCAUGUGUAAGGGAGUUGGAAGUUAGGGACCAUGGUAAGCUGUACUAUCGUGUCAAAACUUUAAAUACUGUAAAACUGCUGCAAAUGUGUGCAAGUCCAAAAAUACUAGGUUCAAACAUCCCAAGAAAUUGGCUAUCAAUAAUCGAUAAAAAAGGCAACACUUCUUUGUCGAAAUAGCAUAGUGUUCUGAUCAUGAUUUUUUACCAAGAGUAAUGGCAAAUUAAUAUUCAUUGAUUUUCAAACAAUUGAAUUUUGAAUUACUUUUAGGAUGUUGCUCAGAUUAGAGCUAACCUAAAACCAAAAUCAAACUCACUUUGAGUUAACAGGGAGUUUGAAUUAUCCUAGUUCAAAUGUCAGUAGCAAAUUCACAGCUGGCCCAGGAAUGACUCUGUAAGGUUACCUUAUCUUUUGAUUAGAUUUGAGUACAGACUCUACUCCCUAAACCCUAAUCUUCCAGUUGUCACGGCUCUGAGCAUGUGACGUCAUGUGCGCUAUGGCGGCUGUCUUUUGAUUUUGUUUGGAAGUGUAAAAGGCAUGUAUCAAGCAAAGAGCAGAUAUUUUGACUGAACAUGUGCUGUGGGCAUUUUUGUGGCAAAAUAUGGCUUUCGAGUAAAAGAUAAGCUUGCUACCACUUCAAACCCUAAUUUCUCACUGUGUCAUGAAGGUAUUUGGCUCUCAAAUUAUUCUAGAGUAUACAUUGAGCGUUUGCAUUGACUUUGCCUGCGAUUUGAACAUUUAUGAUAACUUUUAUCUGCACCGAUCAUGACACAAAGUAAGCCCGAAGAGUUCUAAAUAGAUUCAAUGCUAGCCAAAAAAUAUGUUUUAAAAUGACUUCAGAUAUUCUUGUUGACUGUACAGUUUACGUAUUAUUGUCAUUGUUUUUGAAGUAUUUUUUAAGGCUUUUAUUCAUUAUUUUUAAAUGGAAGAUGUCAUCCUGUGAAGUGUCUUGUAGACUUCACUCUCUUGGAGACUUUACUUUAUAUUUACACUUGCUUGUUUGAUUUUCAUUGCCAUGCCAUUCUGACUAGAUCCGUCAACAUUAUUUUAAAACU